CUGGAAAAGACAUUUUGGCUCCAGACGCCUCGCUACGCAAUAAGCGCUCACAUCCGUGUGGAUCCAAGAUGGCGCCGGUUUCCUGGGAGAGCCCGGCCAAAACAGCCCCACUCAACGCGUUCAGUCGGCCGAAGUCAUGGCGUCCGCCAGUACAGGGAGCAGAGUGUCCUGCGGGAGAGAUUUGAAUUGCGUACCGGAGAUUGCGGAGACGUUGUCUGCUGUCGCCAAACUCGGCACGUGCGCAAUUACAAUGAUGCUGGAAACCAGUUUGAGGGGUUUGAUUUCCUGUGCAUGCCCCUGUUCCACCCGAGGUUCAGGAGAGAGUUUGAGCUGGAGCCCGCUAAAUCCCGCCUCGGUGCCCAGACCCGGUCAGACCUGCUGCUAUGUGGACGAGAUUGGAAUACUCUCAUUGUUGGGAAGCUCUCACCGUGGAUCGAUGCUGAUUCAGAAAUUGAGACAGAGCGCAGGAACUCAGAGGCUGCUUUAACACAAGAGCUGAACUUCUCAGCCUACCUGGGUCUGCCUGUCUUAAUGAUCCCCCUGAGGGGCCCUCAUAACGCCAAUCUAGCCCGAGUGCUGCUCAACCACAUCCACACGGGGCACCACACCUCAAACUUCUGGAUACAAGUCCCCCUCGUGGCGUCGGAGGACACGCGGGAAGAUCUGAUUGAAAACGAGCCGGCCACCUCUGCCGACGACACCAGCACGGAUGAGAAGACCUGGACCUGGUGGCACUCAUUAAGAACCCUUUGUGAUUACAACAAGAGGAUCUGUCUAGCCAUCGAGAUCGGAGCAGAUCUGCCGUCAGAAUCCGUGAUCGAUAAAUGGCUCGGAGAACCCAUCAAAGCAGCCAUACUUCCAACCAGCAUCUUCUUAACCAAUAAGCAGGGCUUCCCUGUCUUGUCAAAAGCCCAUCAGAGGAUAAUCUUGCGUCUCUUUAAGUUGGAGGCCCAGUUCAUCUUCACAGGCACCAGUCGGCACACUGAUAAGCACUUCAGGUCCUACCUGCAGUACCUGGAAUACCUCAACCAGAACAGGUCAGGACCCAACUCCUACGAGGUCUUCGCCAAAGGCUACGAGGACUACCUUCAGUCCCCACUGCAGCCUCUCAUGGACAACUUGGAGUCACAGACGUAUGAAGUGUUUGAGAAGGAUCCCAUUAAAUAUUCUCAGUACCAGCAGGCGGUGUAUAAGUGUCUCCUGGACCGAGUACCAGAGGAGCAGAAAGACACUAAUGUCCAGGUGCUGAUGGUGCUGGGCGCGGGGCGGGGUCCUCUGGUCAACGCGUCCCUGAACGCCGCCCGGCAGGCCGACAGGAAGCUGAAGGUGUACGCCGUGGAGAAGAACCCCAACGCCGUGGUCACACUAGAGAACUGGCGUUUCGAGGAGUGGGGGGACCAGGUGACGGUGGUGUCGUGCGACAUGCGGGAGUGGGCGGCUCCGGAGAAGGCCGACAUCAUCGUGAGCGAGCUGCUGGGGUCGUUCGGCGACAACGAGCUCUCCCCCGAGUGCCUGGACGGGGCGCAGCACUUCCUGAAAGGUCCCGCCUCUCUCCCCGUCCCCCACGACGGCGUCAGCAUCCCCUGCUCCUACACCUCCUUCCUGGCCCCCCUGUCCUCCUCCAAGCUCUACAACGAGGUGCGCGGCUGCCGGGAGCGCGACAAGGACCCCGAGUGCCACUUUGAGACGCCCUACGUGGUGCGCCUCCACAACUUCCACCAGCUGGCCGAGCCCAAGGCCUGCUUCACCUUCAAGCACCCCACCACAGACAUGAACAACAACCGCUAUCAGUGCCUCCGCUUCUCAGUGGGCUGCAACUCGGUGCUGCACGGCUUCGCCGGCUACUUCGAGACCACUCUGUACAAAGACGUCACUCUCAGUAUAAAGCCUGAAACGCAUUCCCCUGGAAUGUUCUCCUGGUUCCCCAUUCUCUUCCCACUCAAACGACAUCGCCGUGCGCUUCUGGCGCUGCAACAACGGGAAGAAAGUUUGGUACGAGUGGGCGGUGACCGAGCCGUCCUGCUCCGCCAUCCACAACCCGGCCGGCCGCUCCUACACCAUCGGCCUGUGAGGAAGCCCCCGCCGGCCCAGGAGCGCCUCCACCAGCCGCCCGCCCGGCGCCGUUUACCGCCGCCGGGUCAGAUCCACCGCCGCGUCUUCCAGCGACCCGAGGGAGACGCAGAC